ACGUGCGGCGGCGCGGCGCGGCGGGGCGCUCCCGGCUCCGCGGGGCGCGGGGCGGCGCAUGGGGAAGGAGCCCGGCGCGGCGAGGCACGGCGCCCGCCGCUGCUUCUCCCCGCGGAGCGCUGCCAGCUCUUCCUGGAAGUCGUGAGCGGCGCGCGGCGCGGUGAGUUCAUGCACCUCCUCGCCAAGGCUCAGCCCGCGGGAUCUGGGGAGGCUGCCGCCGGAGCACCGCCCGGUCCCCCGCGCCCGCUCGCCGUUGCCCGGGGGGCUCUCCCGGGGGCCUCCGCCGCCGCCCCCUCGCACAUGAAGAUGUACGUGCAAAGGGCUCUGGUGCUGCUCUCGCUGCUGAGCUUCGCCACCGUGAGCCUCGCGCUGUCCUCCUGCACCACCUUGGACCUCGACCACAUCAAGAAGAAGCGGGUGGAAGCCAUUCGGGGGCAGAUCCUGAGCAAGCUGCGGCUCACGAGCCCCCCGGAGACCGUGGGGCCGGCUCAUGUGCCCUACCAGAUCCUAGCUCUCUACAACAGCACCCGGGAGCUGCUGGAGGAGAUGGAGGAGGAAAAGGAGGAGAGCUGCUCGCAGGACAACACCGAGUCCGAAUACUAUGCCAAAGAGAUCCAUAAAUUUGACAUGAUCCAAGGCCUCCCCGAGCACAAUGAGUUGGGUAUUUGCCCCAAAGGUGUCACCUCCAACGUGUUCCGCUUUAAUGUGUCCUCGGCAGAGAAGAACAGCACCAACCUGUUCCGGGCCGAGUUCCGUGUGCUGCGUGUGCCCAACCCCAGCUCCAAACGCAGCGAGCAGCGCAUUGAGCUCUUCCAGAUCCUUCGGCCGGAUGAGCACAUAGCAAAGCAGCGCUACCUCAGUGGCAGGAAUGUGCAGACACGGGGCUCCCCUGAGUGGCUGUCCUUCGAUGUCACCGAGACUGUGCGCGAGUGGCUCCUGCACAGAGAGUCCAACCUUGGCCUGGAAAUUAGCAUACACUGCCCUUGCCAUACUUUUCAGCCCAACGGGGACAUCUUGGAGAAUUUGCACGAGGUCUUGGAGAUCAAAUUCAAAGGCAUUGACAAUGAGGAUGACUAUGGCCGGGGGGACUUAGGGCGCCUGAAAAAGCAGAAAGAUUUGCAUAAUCCCCACCUUAUCUUGAUGAUGUUGCCCCCACACCGCCUGGAGAGCCCAACGCUGGGGGGCCAGAGGAAGAAACGGGCCCUGGAUACCAACUACUGUUUUCGGAACCUGGAGGAGAACUGCUGCGUGCGUCCUCUUUACAUCGAUUUCCGGCAGGACCUGGGCUGGAAGUGGGUCCACGAGCCUAAAGGCUACUUUGCUAACUUUUGUUCAGGCCCUUGUCCAUACCUGCGCAGUGCAGACACCACUCACAGCACGGUGCUGGGCUUAUACAACACGCUGAACCCUGAGGCGUCUGCUUCACCCUGCUGUGUCCCCCAGGACCUGGAGCCACUCACCAUCUUGUACUACGUCGGGAGGACCCCCAAAGUGGAGCAGCUCUCCAACAUGGUGGUGAAAUCCUGCAAGUGCAGCUGAAAGGCACCCUGGCCCGCCCAAAGCCAAGAGAGAAACUGUCAGCACCCACUCUCCUGCUCCCAGGCUAACACAAAAGGAACCGGGGGUCAGAGACUUCGCAUACAGAGGGCCAAGCACCGAACCCUGGGGCUUAGGGUCUGGCAGCCCUUGGGAAUCUCUUCUGGAACAUUUCUUGGUCUUGUUGGCAAUGUCGCCUUCCCUCUGGAAGCUACUUUGGUGUCACGAAGUCUACACUCUCCAAAAUGGCUGGACAGUUGGUGCAGAAGAGAAGGACAGAGUGGAGGAACUGCUGUGUAUUUGAAUGCUGGGGUAGUUAACUGGGAAGGCAAGGAAUGAGAAAGAGCAGUUGAAAGGGGGAGUGGAAAUGGGGCAGCAUUUCCUUUUCUAGCUGCAGCUAUCUUGGGACCUCAGCCCUCCCCACUGGCCUGAAGAAUUAUUUUCUCCUGCAGGGAGAAAAUCUUGGAAUUUUCUUCAGAGAAAGAAAAUGCACCAAGAAGGGAAGCUGCUGGGAGAAGAGAUGCUCAGAGAUAUACACAGACUUUUGUUCCUUGGAGCUGUGAUCCAGGAGGUGUGCAAUUGUCACUGUGUUUCUGCCAAACCUGUAAGAUCAGAUAGCAGAUCCUGGCUAUUGGUUUCUGAAUGCAAACUGCAGGGCUCCCAGUCAGCCUGCUGAGGGUGGGCAAAUACAAGCAAAGAGGGUGCUGAGUCCGUUUUUAGAAGGACUGAUGCCUCCAUUCAGCUCUUUUCACUUCCUGGAAGUUUCUGAAUGAUGGUUUCUGGGUCAGGGCAAGAGAGGUAUCCGUGGGUACCUGAAUUUCGGGCCCAUUCGCUCAUGAGCUGAUACAUCCUGAGGACCUUUUGUCUGUUGUGGUUUGUGAGGUGCUUUGGGGAGUUCUGCACCUGUUCUGCACAAUGAUCUCAAUGUGGCCCAGGCCUCACCUGCCAAGACUUAAAAAAUAUUAAUCUCAAAAACAUUGUAAAAAAUAAAUAUUUGGGGGGAAAUUGUCUUUUUUUUUUUUUUUUCCCCCCCCCCCCCCCACAAGAAAGUUGCUUCUUGAAGGGCUAGAUGGUUUGUUGUUUUAAAGCGCUACUGCUGUGGCAUACUCAAUCACUUUGAAAUCUUUCCCCUUUCCAUUGUCUUUUCAAGGAAAGGGGCACAAUUUAGGUUAGCCAGCGAGCCCUAGAAUGGAAAUUCUUUCAUACCUUCAAACAGUGCCUGGUGUGCAUCUGCUCUGCCCUUCCCUUGUCCCUCAGACAUACACAUCACCUCUAGCAUCUGAUUUUGAUAGACUCAUAUAAAGCUCCCCGUAAAUGUAGAACUUCUAACAGUACUGUUUAAGUAAUCAGCAGUUGUCACAGCUGACAAAUGCCCUGUGUUUAGGGGAAUAUGUAUGGGCUGCCAGUACAGACUUGCACACAAAGGUAAAUACCCCCCUCAGAUUUACCAUAAACAUUGGAUAUAUUCAUAAAAAGUUUACAGAAGUGGCCUAGGCAAGUAAUGAAUAUACUCUUUUUAAAAAGUAUGUUAUUUUCAGCCACAGAUAUUCCCAAAAGUACAAAUCUCGAGUACUUGCAUGUCAUGUAAGAUUCAGAGGUUGCCUCUCUGACUCCCUCAACCACAACUACUUAAAGCCAUGUACUAAAGACCACAGAGGUUCCUUCCUGUCCCCUCCCAGUUCCUGGUCCCCAGCAGCUGAGUGUCAAGUGACACCUAGCUGCUUAAUAGCUUGUGGCCAGGGCUCUCCGUGGGCAGCUCAGAGUGCAGCCCUUCCAGCCAACCCUCUGUGUUUGUGGCUUCUUCCAUACACCUCACUGUGAUGCUGCCGUAGCAUGUAAUCUCAAACAUCUUAAUAAAACCCUAAACAAGUCCUCCAUCACCAGCUGGCUAGAGAUUAGGAAGGGUGGGUCAGAGGAGGGAGCCUGCCAACCUGGGUGACAUUUUGGCUGGGGCACACGUGCUCUGAUAGAGGCACUCCCCAGCACUCAGCUGUAUCCCUUUCAUCUUUCUGGGGCUCCUUGACCUGUCGUUGGUGUUAUGACGAAAUGUACAGCUCUGAUCAGUCCUGCAGCACUAAUUUAUUACUGUAUGGCUCUCCAUACCUAUGCUUCCCCCUUGCCUGCCAAAGGAGGGAGCAUAUAAAUGCAUUGCAACUACACUACCAUGCUGACAGUCCAGAAAUUUAGUGGCUGCACUGGGAGGGGGGAAGAAAUCCAGAUGCCAAUUGGCGCAGGAAUUCUCUCUAAUCUCCUUUUAGCAGCAUUCCCUGGGGAGGUUUUGGUUUACAAGCUGCAGUCUGUUCUUUGGUCAUUGUUCCUCGUGAGCCCUGGGUUGGCUCUGCUGCCCAUCCAAUUGAAGGGCUUUCUCACUAGUAAGGGAAAAAAAAAAACACAGGGAGGGGGAGCUGCAAAGAGCUGAGCAAGAACAUGAGCUUCACAAUCAUACGUGGCACUUGGAGCGUGCCAGAACCACCCACAGAUUAACCCUGGCAAGCCCCUUGAGGUGGGUCUGUCUCACUAGCCCUUGUUCAUCACUGCUCCUUGGGGCAGGGAGGGGUGGCAGAGGGAAGGGGCCACGUCUAACAGCUGCUUGGAAAGGAGAAAAAAUGUAAAGGGGGGAUCAGGGGAGAAGCAUCUUGGGGUGUCCAGUCAGUAAAGACACAGGUAACCUCCUGGGUACAGUAAUCCUCAAAGUCAAAUGCUCCCUUCAGUUACUCCUGUCUCCAGACUUCAGUUUUCCCAGCUGCAUUUAAGAAUUAGAUUUGUGAGUCAGGAUCUGAAUUUUCUUACAGUCAAAAUAACUUCCCUAAGGCAGUUUUAGCUAUAAUUCAGCAACAAACUCUACUAGCUAUAUGGGGUUAAUAACAGACUGAACACACUCCUGGGCCCAGGCUUACCAAAACAUUUCAGGACACUUGUGUGGGAAGGACAAGAGGCAGAGAGCAGUUCCCUAUAUGCUGUGUUACUAGGCGGCAAACUGAGGAAGACAAUGGGAAAGAAAAGUGGGCUCUUGGCUGUCAACAAUAAAUACAGCUCCCAACAGUUCCCUUUUGUUGCUCCCAGGAACAAACAAAAGCUGAUGAAAACAAUCCCAGCACACUUUCCCUCUCUUUAACAAAGAUCAAUGGUUAGAAAGAGU